UGCAAAAUAAAGAUGGCGAACGAGGAGGAAUCAGGAGGUUAUCGCUGGUUAAAUCAGUACGAAAGAACGUGGGAAGUUAUUCAAGAAGAUGCUGAAGGUUCUCUUCAAACAGUGGUGGAUGAAAUUUCACACAGGACCAAAAGAAGGAGAGUUAUGGGAAGAAGUGGUAACAUUCGACUUGGGAUGAUGAGGCACUUGUUUAUCAUUGUGGAUAUGUCCAGAGCAAUGGAAGAAGCAGAUUUAAAACCUUCACGCCUUGCAUGUUCUGUCAAGCUCUUGGAAACUUUUGUCACUGAGUACUUUGAUCAGAAUCCUAUUUCACAGAUUGGAAUUAUUGUGACCAGAAACAAGAGAGCUGAGAAACUCACAGAACUGAGUGGUAAUCCACAAGUUCACAUUGGCACUCUCCAAAAAGCUGCUGCUAAACCUUGCCAAGGAGAACCAUCACUGCAGAAUGCCAUGGAAUCUGCUGUUCAGUCGCUGAGACAUAUGCCUGGCCAUGCCAGUCGUGAAAUACUUAUUCUGUUUGGAAGCCUUACAUCAUGUGACCCAGGAGAUGUCUUGGAGACUGUUCAUACUCUUCAGCAACAAAAUAUAAGGUGUUCUAUCAUAGGCUUGGCUGCGGAAGUACGUGUUUGUAGAACAGUUUGUGCUGAAACACAAGGGAGUUAUGGUGUUAUUCUGGAUGAGAGACAUUACCGUGAAUUAUUAAUGCAGCAUGUUACACCACCUGUGGCUAAGACUGAUACAGAAGCUGCUUUGAUUCGAAUGGGUUUCCCUCAGCAUCUUUCGAGCGGACCACCAUCCUUGUGCAUGUGUCAUUUGGAUAGUAAUGGUGUUAAAGGACUUAGCACAUCAGGAUACUUCUGUCCGCAGUGUAAGAGCAAGUACUGUGACCUGCCCGUAGAGUGCAAAGUUUGUGGUCUAACGCUUGUGUCUGCUCCUCAUUUGGCUCGUUCGUAUCAGCACUUAUUCCCGCUUCCUCAGUUCACUGAAACAGAUUUGUCAACUCCUAUGGAUGGACAAAGCUUACCCAGACACAAUUAUUGCUUCGCCUGCCAAAGAGCGUUUACAGAACAAACGAUAUAUUCUUGCCCUCAAUGUGCACAGUUCUUUUGCAUGGAAUGCGACAUCUUUAUCCACGACUCCCUCCACAGCUGUCCCGGGUGUACUGCCUCCCCACAAGGGGAGGGUUAGAGUUAAAUUUAUUUGCAAAGAGAAUAUGAAACAUAACCGCAAUGAAUAAACAAACAAAACAUUCUGA